GCCUCACGACCGCGUCUCCUCCACGUCUGCCCCGCCUACCGUGCCUCUACACUCCCAAUUGCCACCAAUUCUUUCUUCUCUCGGGAUAUUACUAUUCUUCCGGAACCAAUUCCCUCGUCUUCUGCCUCUUCGUCCGUUCUCUUCGCUCGUAAACACGCUGUAACAUGGCCCUCUCUACGCGCCAGCCCUUUGCCGAACUCGGCACCCCGCGACUCCAGGCUCUCUCCAGCGCCAAAAACAGACAGAAUGCUAUUUCGCCAGGCUUCGACUUCUCGUCCCCGCUGAAGCCCUCUUCGACCCCGUCUACUGGCAAGCGCCGAGCCGCAUCCGUGUUUGAAGACGACGACUCAGAGAAUAUCGAUCCCUCAAUCUUCAAUUCUCCGACCAAGAAGUCUAAGACUAGCGAUGGAUUCUCCAAGCCUUCCAAGUUCUCGCUCGUAUCUUCGCCCUCCAAGCCUAGUCCAGCCCUCACGGCCUCGCCUUCUAUCCCGUCUGUCCGCAAGGCUCUCUCCUCGCCAAACACCACCAACUCGACUCCCAUCAACCUGAGCCGCGGCUCCCCGAAGCACAAGCGCAUCGGAGCCAUCUCCAAGCGUCGUGUCUCUAGCUCCCCGUUCCGACGCGUCGACCCGCCCUCGUUCUCGCACAGCAGCCCCGCCCUGCCCUUCUCCAUCGAUGCAGCGCUCAGCGGCACGAUUCCCAACUACACCCCCAAGUCGGCCAUUGCGACUCCGGUUGCCACGCCCAACCAUUCCUCCACGCUUGACGAGUCCAUGCCCAAGUCCUGGUUCUUCGAGAUCCAUGAAGACUCGCCGGAGCAGGAGGCAGCCAACUUGAUGGAGCACUCCGCCUCCGUUCUCGAUAUCAGCUCGGACGACGACUGCGAGACGAAGAGACGGAAUGAGGAGCUCGAGCGCGGCAAGGAGAACAUCCCACCGCCGGACUUCCACCUUGCUCAGCCCCGUGCUGCUCAAUCCGCCGAUGCUAUGGAGAUGUCCGAUGCUACCCCCACCGAGCACGUCAAGCUUCCCCGCCUCCGCAAGAUCGCCCAGGAUGCUAUGGAUGAGGAUCGUAAGCCGUUGUCGGAUCUCCACGCUGCUGACUUCUACGGCGAGGGCUUGGAUGCGUCGUCGUAUGUUACUGUCGAUGCCGGGAUUGAGAAGCCAAGUAGCUUGUCAAAGGAGUUUGACUUUAGCUGCCCGACGCCGGAGAAGGAGAAGCCUCGGGGGACGCUGGAGGCACUACCCGCACCCGAGGAAGCAGAGCCCAUUAAGACCGAGGAGGAGCUUAUUCAGAUCUACGCGGAUGAGCCAGCCCAGGUCGAGCUGCCUGCUGCCGCAGACGCAACCGCGCCCCCCAUGCAGCUCGCGUCAGAACCCCAGGAGGGAUCCAUGCCGGCCCCUUGAGGAACGCCAGCCUUCCGCUCCUCAGCCUCCACACCGCUCCCAUGUCCACCCAAACCUCGCCAUCUGGUCGCUCGAUGUGAUGCAUACAUACGCGUAAAAAGAGGCCGCGGCGUCAAGACUAGUUGUCCCCACUCCCGCGACAGGGCGCCUUCCUUC